AUGGCACUGAGUAGAAACAACGAUGAGCAGAAAACUACAAGCAAACGUAGCGACGCCUCAAAAACUUUGAACCAAAUUAGCCGAGUCUACAAAGAACAAAACUACAAACACGAAGACAAGAACAUUGGACGUCGAUAUGAGAUUGAUGAGCCUAGUGGUAACACAUACCACGAGCUCCUGCGGCCACCACCUCAGACUACGCAGAAUAGCACUCAGGAUCACAGCUCUGCAUACGUGCCUAUAUAUACCAAGACAGAGCCAGAGAAGCCUCAAGAUCACAGCUCCGCAUACGUCCCUACAUAUACCAAGGCAGAGCCAGUGAAGCCUCCAGAUCACAGCUCUGCAUACGUCCCUGCAUACACCAAGGCAGAGCCA